AUGUUAAAGUAUGUUAAUAAUAUAAAUAAAAAGCUAAUUUAUAAAUUACACAUAGAAAAUGACAAAAUUAUUAGUAUGCCUAUGUUUUUAGUAGAUAACUUAUGUAUAAGAAAUAAAAAGGAAUUAAUUAUAUUAUUAAAUAAUGCUAUUUUUUUUAAUAAAAAGGAUUUUUUAGAUAAUUAUAAAAAAGUCUUAUUGAAAAAUAAUAACUACAAUAAUAUUAGUGAAGAUGAAAAUAUAAAUAAUAAUAGUAAAUAUAAUAAUAGUGUUAACAAUAACAUAACUACUUGUAAUAUUAAUAAUCCUAAUUAUAAUAAUAAAAUUAUAAAUAAUAAAAUUAAUGAAAAUAAGAAUGAUUAUUAUGAUAAAUCAAAAUUUCCUAUUAAUAAAGACAAUUAUCCUGCUAAAGAUAAAUUAUCAUACAUCUUUAAUUAUUAUAAAUAUAAUAACGAAGAAUAUGAUGAUCUAAUAAAUGAAUUAUCAAAGAAAUAUUCUGACAUAGAUUACUACAACUCAAAUUAUUUAGAUACUAUUGAAGAUGAAGAAGAGUUUAUUAAUUAUUUAGAAAAUAUUAAAAAAAAUGAAAAUGAGGAAGUAAAGGAAAAAGAAUAUUCAUUAGUUGGUUAUAUUCCAAACGACUAUUUUUUUUUCUAUUUUAAAAAUAGAAUAAUAUCAAUUAAAGAGUUUUUAUCUUUUAACGAUUUAUUUUCAUUUAUUUAUCUAUUCAGUAAAAGAAAUGAUAUAAAUAUUAUGAAGAUAUUAGCAGAAGAAUACAUAAAAAAAAUGGAAAUGAAAAAAGAUAAAAAAGUUAAUAAUAAACACAUUGUACAUUUGUUAAAUAUAUUUAUUAAACUAAAUUACGAAAAAAAUAAUAUUCAUAAUGUCAUAAAGAGAUUUUUAGAAAAUGUGUAUAUGAAUGUUUUAAGCAAUGACUUGAAACUAUCAGCUUUAUGUGUUUCGUGCUUAUCAAGAUUGCAUUUAUAUAACAUUUUAUUUUAUGAUCAUAUUUCUAAUUUUCUAAGAAAUAUUGAUAAAUGUUCUCAUUUAUCAUUUUCUAUUAUACUUCAUUGUAUAGGAUAUCAUAAGCAUUACUUGAUAAAAAAAAAAAGGGAGGUUUAUAAAGAGAUAAAAAGUUAUAGGAAUUUAAUAAAUAAAUAUAAUGAAAAUUCAACAGAAAAAAGUAAUAUUAUAGAGUUUAAAAAAGGUAAUAAUAUUAGCAGUGAAGAGAAAAACAUUUUACUUAAUUAUGAAAAAUAUAUAGUAAGUGAUAUAAAAACAAAUAUUUUAAAGUUUCAGUUAUCUAAAAAAAAUAGGAGUCUAAUAAAUGAAUUAGAAAACAAAAUAAUUGAAAAAUUAAUAAAAAUAGAUUUGCAAAAUAUAUCAGGAAAAUCCAUAAGUAGCAUAUUUCAUUAUUAUUACUUAAUAAAUAAAAGAACCUUAAAUGAAAAAGACCAAAUUUUAUUUAGUAAAUUAAUUGAUAUUUUAAUAAGAAAUAACAUAAGUCUUAUUAAACCUAGAAAUUUUCUUAUGAGUUCUUAUACAUUAAUUUUGCAUAAAUAUUUUACUAACAUCAGUAUAUCUUCAUACUUUCUUAUUCAAUGUUCUAAGUUAAUUAAAACACUAAAAAAAAAAAUAUACAUAGAAAAUUUACUUUUUGUUUUAAUUGGUUUUUCUCAAAAUCAAUUAAUAUUUUAUAAAAACAAAAAUAGUAAAUUUCCUAAAAUAUAUGUAGAUAAAAAAAAUAAUAAAUUAUGUAAUUUCAAAAUAGAAAAUAAAUAUAUUGAUAUGUUAGAAAAAUCAGAAAAUGAAGUAAAUAUUUUAAACAAAAGGGAUGCUAAUCCUGUUAGUUGCAGAUCAGCCUUAUUAAAUAUUUUUGAUGAGAUAAUAAAUUUAGAUUAUGAAUUAAAUAAGGAUCAAAUUCUUUUAUAUUUACAGUUGUUUUCAAGUUUUGAUAUAAAGUUAAAUGCAGAUAUAAAGCAAAAACUAUAUAUACUAAUUAUUAAUUCUGCUAAUGAUUUAAUAUCUUCAAUUAAUUUUGUUUUUCAAUUGGCAAUUAAAAUAUAUGGAGUUCUUAGCAAUUAUAUGAAAACAAUAGCUUUACAUUAUCUAGAAAAGGUCGAUUUUGAAUUAUGUAAAUUUUAUAAAUUAAUAAAAAACAAUGAAAAAUACUUUUAUAAUUAUAUAAAAGGUUAUAAUUUUAACGAGAAGGAGUAUUCCUUUUUAUGUGAUAUAGAUUAUUUAUCAAAUAUCCUUUUUAUAUUUGAUCAAAUAGAUGUAAACAAAAAGGAUUUUAUAAUAAAUCUUUUAAAUUUCUUGCAAAAUAAUAAUUAUUUAUUGUUGACUUAUAAAAAAAAUAAAUUUAAUUCUUACGUUUACAUACUUCACUAUAUUGGAUGUAUACCUACUGAAAAAGAACAUAAGAAAUUGAUUGAUUUUACUUACACUAAUUUAUCUGACUAUAUAGAUUUAUCUUAUAAAGAGUAUUUACAAAAAAAAGAGAACAUAAAUAUAAAUAACCUAAAUGAUAUAAAAAAAAAAGUAAAUAAAAAUGAGAAUACAGAAAUAGAAAUAGAUGAAUAUAGUGAAGAAUAUAUAAAAAAUAAAACUAGCAAAAUUGUAAAUGAAAAUUUAAAUGAAAAUAUGAAUGAAUAUAUUAAUGAAAAUUAUUUUAAUGAAGUCAAUCAUAAAAUUAUAAAUGAUAAAAUAUAUAUGAAAGAUUUAAUAUUAUUAUUAGAUUCUAUAAGAAUUAAUAAAGCUUAUAACUAUAACUCACUUAUUAGUAACAUAAUGAAUAUGAUGAAUACAGAAAAAAUAAAGUUGCUAUCAGAUGAAGACAUUGAAUUAAUAAAUUACAUUUAUAUAGACAUGGGGUUAAUGAAUAAAUAUAUAAUGGAUGAAGCAAAGAAGAGGGGUUUAACUAUAAGUUUAGCUUCGUAA